GAAGAAAAAAAGGAUAAUAUGCCUACAAGAAUGCAGACAUCUCAGAAUAUACCAAGAGUCCCAGAAGAGAAAAAGAAAAUUAGAGCUAUGACAUUUAAAGAAAUUCAAGAACCAUAUUAA